GGUUAGCCGGGGUUGCUCCUUCCUCAUAUCCAUAACAUGGUAAGUUGGUAAGUUUACUCUUGCUCCCUUCCUAUUCCUACUCGAUAUGGUGAAUCUGCUCUAUGUCGGUGCAUUGGAUUGUUUUGUAAGUUCCUGCUUCUCCUUUCCAUCUUCUCUCUCUCACCUUUUCUUUGCAUACACAUUAACAUCAACUUAUCAAAGAUUUUGGUAUCUCUGUCUUUCCUAAAGCUCUAAUAUCUCUUCCCUUGCUGAACUGUCACAUUCUUGUGUCUUUCAUUCCCGUCGUUCUCUCGAUCACUGCUUGGACCUCUGUUUCUUGCCGGGAAAACAACUUCUCAGUUCAGCUCUCUACCUCACCAUCGUGGCCAAGGCACAACAGUCUAUCCUCCUCCAUUUCCAGAAUAUUUCACUUCUUCUUAAGCUAUUCUCAUUGUCAUAUCAUUAUUCGUCCCUUUUUGUAUGCCCCGUCGUACUCCAAUUGGUGCCACUAUUGCAUUUCACCACUGUCUGCGUUCCUUCUGUUCUACACCUUCAACCGCAUCAAGUACCUCCACAUCCAUUUCUUCUUCGCAUCCAAAAGGGAACAUAAGUCGCAAAUUUCUCCACAAGAUGACACAUCCAUGUUCAUCAAAGCGAGACUCUACCAUUGAUGUAUCUGAGGAGUGUCUCACUGGUCAACAUGAGGGUGCUUCUAUGCCCCAAGCAGAUGGGUGCUCUUCCAGCAAGGCAGCAGAUGACGAGGAUGAACGUGCCGUACAGAUUGCAGAAGCAGGUGCUGCUGCUGCAGUUGAUCCCAAGACAGCAAUGCCCUCUUUCUUGAAGAUCUCACACGAUGGUAUGCAGCUCACUCACAUUUAUUCGGAGAACAGGCACUAACCUAAUGGUAGAAAUGAAAGAAAAAUAUGCUAUACUGACGAAGAAGGAGGAAGAACGUCUAGCAAAUGGAGAUGACCCAAAAUGGGCGAGAGAGGAGCCGGAUCGUGAACUUGAUCGUUAUGCCAACGUACAUCCAUGGGCUGCUAACCGUAUUAGGCUCAUUGUUCCUGAAGGUUACAACGAUUACAUCAACGCAUCCCCUGUCACUUUAACGUCUACUGCUGAAAAGCAAAGUACGAUGAAGAAAGGUAUUCAAGAUAAGUAUAUCUGUAUGCAAGGCCCGAAAUCUCAAACUGUGGAUCACACCUGGCAUAUGAUGUGGCACUCAAUCACAGUACCAGAUAAUGCAGCACCUGGUGUCAUUAUUAUGCUCAGUCCUCUCGUUGGACCUAAUCCAGCAAAACCUGAAGAGAUGAUGGAAAAAUGUUAUCAAUACUAUCCUAUGAGCGAAGAUGAUCCACCUUUGAUGGUCAACGAGGCGGGAACUCUUGGAGAAGGCUUUAAGGCUAAGGUUCGGUUCCUGAAGAGAGAAGAGAAUAUUGAUGGUACUGGGAUUGAGGUUCGUCAACUAGCCAUGUCUGUCGAAGGUGAAGACGAGGAGAAGAUUAUCUGGCAUUUCUUUUAUCCUCUUUGGCCAGAUAUGGGCUCCUUAAACAACCAAAAUGUCAAAAGUGUUUUGACAUUAAUGGAUCUUUCUCGAGCAAAGAAUCAGGAAGAAGAAAAUCCAAGAGUUGUACAUUGUAGUGCUGGUGUUGGGAGAACUGGUACUUUCGUUGCUUUGGAGUUUUUGAUGGGAGAACUUCAGGGUGGAGCUUGGGAAGGGUGGGAUCAAUCGGAAGAGAAGGACAACGAUGCCAUCUAUGAGACUGUCGAUCAACUACGUCAACAAAGAAAGACUAUGGUUCAAGCUGUCGAACAAUACAUCUUCCUAUACGAAGUGUUGAGGAAACAAUGGGAGGAGAAGUAUAGGUUGCCAUGUUUUGGUGGUGAACAUACUCACGAUUUCCCUCCUGAGGAAGGCAAGAAUGCUGUAUUCAGGGCUAUCCCAGAGAAAAAAUAGCUCAGCUUAGGAAGUCUGAACGAAUUUGGUAGAUGGAGAGGUCUUACGGAUGAAUUUGUGCUUUUUCUUGCUCUUUCUGCUUGGUGUUGUGUUUGGAGAUGAAUGAGUUAAGGGGUGGGGCUGGGGCUGAAAAGAUGUUCCUGUAACGAAGUAGCGCGACUGAACCUAGAUUAAAACCCUCUUAAUAUACAUCUUUAGUUUACUUUCUGC